AGUUUAUCAUUCAACUUAAAUUGUGCUACAUAGAACUAAGAUCAUAAUUAGCAUUAGUUUAUCAUUCAACUUAAAUUGUGCUACAUAGAACUAAGAUCAUAAUUAAGCAGAAGAGAGAGCAAAAUGAGUUUCUCCAAGAUCAUUUUGAUGGCAACUACUACAGCAACCAUCAUGCUCAUCUUAUCCACUUCCACUGCUUCUGCGCGCACGCUUAAUGAUGGUGAUGGAGGAGGUGAAACUAAGAAAAUAGAAGACAUGAGCCUAAUCCCAGCACCAGAAGUUGAGAGAGGCAUGAAAGGGUACUGGAAUAAGUGGAAACUGGCAGUUGAAGGUUUUCAUUUUCCACAUCUACACUUCCCACACAUUCCCAAUAUUUCAUUUUCAAUUCCAAUUUCAAUUCCAUUUCCUCCUUUCCAUAUUCAUGAUCUUCAUCUUGAUCAACCAUCAUCACUAGCAACUUCUGCUCAACCACCAGCACCUUCUGCUCAACCACCAGCAUAUAUAUUAAACUAAGUUCCUUCAAGCAGAUAAUUAUAAUUAAUUAUGUAAUAAAUAAAUGUUGAUGAUGAAGACAUUUUAUAUAUUUAUAUUUAUAUACACAACUAGCUAGUAUUAGUAUCUGCUGAUGAGAUGUAAAGUGAUAUAUAUCUUUCUUGGGGAUCUAUAUCUAUUGGAAUGAAAUCUCUACUUCAAAUUUAAUUUAUGCA